AUGGUUGACCUUAGAAAGCCCUCUAUGUUUUUGAUUGUGCAAAGUAGUCAUUUGAAAAAUUCGGAUGAACAAGAACUAUGGACACCUUAUAUAGAUCGACGCCAUGAAAUGAUACCAAUGAUACAUGUACGACCAUUUCAACAUGAUGCACCGUUAUUGGAUUGUAUCAAAAAGCAGAAUUUAAAGAAGUAUUCGGAUCGACUUAAACGACGAAAUUAUUUUGUUAUGAAAUGCAUCAAAACUAAUCUCUGGUAUGUAUAUCAUAAGAAUAUGCUGGAGGAGCAAGUUUAUGAUUAUAUGGUACGAACAAAAGCUUUUACAUUAAUCGAAAACUUAUAUGUAACCAAAAAUCAGCAAGCCGUUCAACGCUUACUCAAUACAAUGGUCAAUGAUAUUGAAAAUCUAUUAAAAUCUCUCCAUGAUCAUCAGUUAAUUACUCCAUUUCAAUAUCAUCAAAUGAAUUAUCGACCCACACCGAUCCGUUUAGAUUUUAUAUCAUUUAGUCCGAGUUCGAAUAAAGACGACAUGGUUAUAUUUGAACCGACCAUCACUUCCAUCCUGAGUCCAUUGAUGCCAAUAUGUCGUUACCUACAUCGUCUUUUAGCUCCUCUCUAUUAUAACAACAUAGCUCAACAUAUGACCAUUACUAAAGGUUCUGAUUUAAUUCCGCGCUUAGAAAACUACGAAGAAAAAGGUUACUUACAAGCAACUACUCACUUCAUUACGAUACAUAUUCAAGAUCCUUACAUAUGUGUCUCUCAUGAACAUUUACUUAAAACCUUGAAACAAUUUCUUGAUGAUUACGUAUUAGAAGACCAAGCGGAAGGUAUCAAUACAAUGACAAUCUUAAAAUUAAGUGAAUUUCUUCUUACACAUCAAUAUUUUAUUUUUCAACAUUCUAUUUAUCGACAAGUCACAGGUGGUGGUACCGGUUUAUAUUUCAAUACACUUUUAAUAGAUAUAUAUUUCUUCUAUUGGCAACAAACUAUACUUGCCUAUCAAAAUGAAAAUGAAAUAUUUGUUCGAUGUUUUUCGGAAAUAUUUCUCACAUCGAAUGAAACCAAAGUCAAAUUGGAACGCAUCUUUGACAAGAUAAAAGAAAAAGAUUCAUACAUUCAAUAUGAGAUUGAAAUGAAAACAGAACAUAUUCAUUUUCUGGAUGCACAAAUACAUCAUUGGAAUAAGCAAACUCUUCAGACUGAAGUUUAUCAUGAUUGGAAAUUUGAACCCUAUAUUAUGCCAACUAUGUAUGAUACAUCUUCCGAUGUACCAUGGAAUCUUAUUCAAACAGCUUUAAUUCGUGCUGUUCUAUGUUGUUCACAAGUAGAAGAUUUUCAACAUGAACAACAAUAUAUUAUUUAUUCAUUUUUAUUUAAUCGGUUUUCAUUUACAUAUAUUCGAGAAAGUCUAGAAGAAUUUUUUCUUCAUUUUAAAGUAGCAGAUCUACCACUUUAUUAUGAUCAAGCAACUUAUAAUAUACUUCGUCGACAUGUUCGACAUUAUGAUCAAGAAAAUAAAGAAAAAGUAAUGAAAUCUCGUGAAGAAGCACAAAAACAAUGUAUCUGGUAUAUCCAUUCCAGUUUAAAAGGAUUUGAUUUAGUGCGAGCCAACCAAAAUCCAAGAGAAUUAUUACCUGCCUACUUGCGUGAAGAUGCAAAUGCACAAUGCAUAACGAUUGAAAUUAUUCAUUUACCAGUGUAUCCAUUUAAUACAAACUGA